AUACUCUCUACUGAACGCCAUAGCUGGCCCUCUCUGGAUUUCUCAGUGGUUGUUUUUGACCACUGUAAGUUUUCCACAUGUUGCCGUGCCUCUUGUUUCUCCCUGUUUCUACACCAAUCAACUGAGAUGGAAUUCUAGUAACCACAACAGCGGUUAAUAACCGUGUGUGACGUUCGCACAUUCCAGGUUGAACUUGAACGGCUGAUCCUCGCGGUGAGCGGCAGCAGUACGCACGAAUACCUCAUCACCGUGAAAUGAAGGCUUCCCUGCAGGCGGACAACUCCGCCUGAGACGUUUGUCUCUGUGGGCGCGCAGUGCUACAGUAGGGCGCUGCUCUCUGUACAGUUGACUCUGAGGUUAGCUGUGGGUGAGCUGUGGGGACUUCCCUGUCGGAGGAGCUGACAUGAUGGACGGACAGUAACUGCGCUCAUCUCUCUGGGUUACGACUCCUUUUUAUUUAUUUAUUUAUUUUUUUUUGGCGUGGAAGGCUCGUUCAUCUCUCCAGCCACCGACCAGGCGAACCCCGCGGACACCUGUCGCGUUUCAGGCUUCAGCUAUGAGAGGACGAUGGAGCUCACGUUCCAUGUCUGUGUUUGUGUCUUUGAUCGUACUGUGGCAGACACGGUCAAAAGCAGAUUCCAAUUCAACACAGAACUCCAAAGACAUCACAACCUUCACCAAGAUCCUGGACAGUCUGCUGGAUGGAUACGACAACAGACUGAGACCAGGCCUGGGAGACAGAGUAACAGAAGUGAAAACCGACAUCUAUGUGACCAGUUUUGGUCCAGUGUCUGACACAGAUAUGGAGUACACUGUAGAUGUUUUCUUCCGUCAGAGUUGGAAGGAUGAGCGGUUGAAGUUCCAUGGACCAAUGAACAUUCUGCCUCUCAACAACCUGAUGGCCAGUAAGAUCUGGACCCCUGACACCUUCUUCCAUAACGGCAAGAAAUCUGUGGCCCACAACAUGACCAUGCCCAACAAGCUGCUGAGGAUUAUGGAGGACGGAACCCUGCUCUACACCAUGAGGUUAACAGUUCAAGCUGAGUGCCCUAUGCACCUGGAAGACUUCCCGAUGGACUCUCACUCCUGCCCUCUCAAGUUUGGCAGCUAUGCCUACACUAAGACAGAGGUUACUUACAUCUGGACGCGUAAUGCCUCCCAAUCAGUGGACGUAGCGGCUGAUGGAUCCAGACUCAACCAGUAUGACUUGGUUGGCCAGACUGUGGGGAAAGAGACCAUUAAAUCCAGCACUGGUGAAUACACAGUCAUGACAGCUCACUUCCAUCUGAAGAGGAAGAUCGGCUACUUUGUGAUCCAGACAUAUCUGCCCUGUAUCAUGACGGUCAUCCUCUCACAGGUGUCCUUCUGGCUCAAUCGCGAGUCAGUGCCAGCCAGAACUGUCUUUGGUGUCACUACAGUUCUGACGAUGACAACCUUGAGUAUUAGUGCCCGUAAUUCACUGCCCAAGGUGGCCUACGCCACUGCUAUGGACUGGUUCAUCGCUGUCUGCUAUGCCUUUGUCUUCUCUGCACUCAUUGAAUUCGCUACCGUAAACUACUUCACCAAGCGAGGCUGGGCCUGGGAUGGAAAGAGUAUUGUCAAUGACAAGAAAAAGGAAGUGGCCAUCAUGAAGAAGAACAAUGCUUAUGCUGUUGCUGUGGCUAACUAUGCUCCCAACAUCACAAAAGACUCCACGCUGCCCACCAUCUCCAAGUGUGCUCUCAGUGAUGCCAACAAGACUACAGCAGAGACAAAGCCUGAGCAGAACAAGAAAACCUUCAACAGCGUCAGUAAGAUCGACCGCAUAUCCCGCAUCAUGUUCCCUGUGCUGUUCGGGAGCUUUAACCUGGUCUACUGGGCCACCUAUCUGAACAGAGAACCAGUCAUUAAAGACCUCAAUCCCGCCAAAUGAACUAUGAGGGCUCAAUUUAAACAUACAGCCCAUUCAGGAAUGAAACAUUUGUUGGUAUUCGUUUCAUCUGCGAGAAGCUGUUCAGAUGCAUGAAAAAAGCCCUCCUAAUCCCAGGUAUUUUAAGAUAAAACAUGAUAUUUUCCUAACCAUAAUCAGGUGUUUCUUUAUGUCCAAACUGAAUCAGACCAUGAGCACAGUGUUGUCAUGACAUAAAAUGUAAAAUGGAACCCAAAGAAAUGUAAAAUUGCAACAGAAAGAAAUGUAAAAUUGCAACAAGAUCCUAAACUGAAAGGUGGGCAUUUCAAGAAAUGUAAUUUCCAUCCACAUGGUCCAUGAAACAGCUCUCAAUUAAUGUCAGUCAUCCUUUUUUUGUAACCGUCAUAAUCGUGAAAUGUAAUACUGAUGUCUUACGGAAGUCAUAAUUACAAGAAAAUGUCUCCUACUGUGCCAAACACUUAUUGAUUUUUGUUUUUCUGCAUCUAUUUUAUUGCACUAAGAUGAGUUUUAUGCUCUCUUGACAUUUCUGUCAUUAAUAAACUUCUCUGUUCACUAGGCAGUAGGGAGUUGGGCAGCAGCAGCAGCAAGUCAGCACUUGAAAAUACACCACUAAUUGUCAACUGUACCCUCCCCACUGUUACCUGAUUGCUCCUCAGUAGAUUUACAAGAACAGCUAUCUCUGGGCAAAAACUGAUUCUGCGGGAAGUAGUCUAGCUCUCUGGGACAAUUGCAGGUUGUCACAUUAACAUCAGAAUAUUUGCUUCUCGCACACUACAGCUUCACCACUCUCUCACUGUGGGCUACAUGGUGCUCUGCUGCUCACUCUGUAGCUUUUGUACAGCUUUUUAGAAUUUUUUCCACUUUGCCUCCUCACAUGGACUGUGUCACACUGUGGAAGAUAAAUCUGAAUGGAUAAAAAUGUCUGAGAAACUGCGUCUGUGUGUGUAAAAUAUAUAUGUUUUUAUGUGUUUUGUAACAGUGUCUUUGUGUCUAUUUAAAUGAUUUUUUUGUUGAAUUGUAAUCUUUUUAUAUACAAUGUAGCAGGAACAAUGGACCUAGACACAUUUAAUAAUCGCAUCCAAUGUGCUCCAUUAGAAGACAUUACCAUGUCAAUAAUACUGCAUUAUUGAAUUUUGUGUAUUCAAUUUGUGUAAAAGUUUUUUUUUUAAUUUUUUCUUGCACAUUUGUUAAAUACAUUUCUUAUACAAAUAUAUGUAUAUAAACCCCGUGCUUUGUUAAAUACACUUUUCAAUGUAGAUGUCUUUUAGAUGAAUGUUGUUCUAGAGAUCAAUAUUUUUCCUUCUUGCACACUUGACCCUGUUUGUGUUUCUUUAAAUGUUUGAGUG